AGAAUUUAAUGAUGAAAAGAUUCGAAUCCUUUUCAAGGUUACACCAGUAGAAUUUCUGGGUGACGAAUCAGAAUUUCUUGAUGCUGAGGCAGAGGAGGAGGAAGAGGAAGUAGAUGAAAUUUCAGAACAAUCCGAAGAAACAACGGCGACAUCAGCAACAUAUGAAGGGGGUAAAAACGAAGAAUUAAUUGAUUCUUCCGAUGAAGAUUUUGAAGAAGAACCAGAUCCUGAAAAAACUCUAAGAUGUGCUAUAACGAUCGAAAAAAAAGAAAAAGGAGUAUUAGCAUUCGAAGCAUUUGCUCGUGAAGGUGGUUUUUUAAUUGACAAUAUUUCAUUUUACGAAGUUCCACAAAUAAAUCAUGUGAAAAUUGCUACUCCCUUUCUUAAUUUAAGCCGAGAUUUUCGACAUUUAUUUAUUAAAUAUUUAGAACAUCGUGGUAUAAAUGAUGAUUUAUCACAUUAUAUACUUAGAUAUUCUACUCAUAAAGAAAAUCAAGAAUAUAUAUUUUGGCUAGAAAAUGUGAAGAAAUUUAUAGACAUUUAA